AUGCAUUUUAUGCUAUUUAAUUACGGUUUCUUUUGUCUCUUGACUCCCGUAUCGAUAAUAGUCUUAAUUCUGUUCUAUAUUUAUCGUCGUAUCGUCGAAGCGUUAUUGAAGCAUCAAUUGAAGGACAGAUUCGUUGGUCUUUUGGAAGGUACCGAUUGCAUUUGGGCUGUAGAAGAGCCCUCGGCUCUUUCUGUCAUAAAUGUCCUUGUUGUUUUGGAGAAGGAUCAACAUCAAGUAAACGCGAACGUUCUAGAAAGCUUUAGAAAUUUAAUUAAAGAGCGAUUAAUCGGUUCAACUUUCGAGAAAAUACUUUAUCGUAAAAACAAGAAGUAUGGAUAUUACUUCUGGGAAAGAGCAAAGGAGAUCGAUUUGAAGGAAAGAAUCAGAUGGCUCGAGCACGAUCAAACGCGUUGCGAUGGAUACUGCGAUGACAUUUACAGCGAAUCGUUGAAAAGAGUAUUGGAAAAGAAGUGUAAUCAACCGCUUCCACAACACCAUUCGACAUCCUGGGAGAUACUGAUCUCAAAGAAUUGUUCAUGCGUCAGUCAUCAGCACGUUCGACGUAUGGAAGAAGGCCGUUCUAUUCUGGAUCGUGGAAGAAGAAACAAGAUCAAGAUCCCAGUUUUAUUUCGUAUUCAUCAUGCUCUCGGCGACGGACCUGCCCUGUUGAAGUUGUUCUUGGAAACUAUUGCUGAUAAACCUAACGAAGUCUCGACUAUCCCAGAAGAAAAGUUCUCGUUAGGACGUCAAAGGAAGAACUGUGAAAGAACUUCGUUGAAGCUGCCUAUAUUUACUCACUGUGUGAAAAAUUUCAAUGUCUGUGAGCAGCCUUGUUAUUCGAAUAACGUACUUUCCGCGUGCAUGCCCUUUGCCGAUCUACAAACUCUACGAAUCUUAAAGACGGUUGCACGGAAUUAUUUCAACGCGAAGAUAAAAUAUUUCGAGCACGUUACGUUCGACGAAUUGAAAAAUGAAAUGCAGAUAUUUCUCUCUGAAUGGUGGAUAAUUCUCAAGGAAUUUUUGAUUAAAGAAGUUUACGAAAGGGUUAAGAUCUUUGGGAAAAAUCUAGUUGUUUUUGUUCUAAUGCCCUCGUAUUUGAUGGAUCAGGCCAUUCGCAGUAUGGAUAAGAAUUCUCUUCACGGAUCAAAGUUGACUGGACAAAAAAUUGUUACUUAUUGGUCAGAAAAUGAUUAUAGAAAUCCAAGCCAGCAAAAACUUUUAACGAAAAUCAAAGAAAUAAAGAACAUUACUGGAGCAAGAUUUGUUGAAGUCUUGUUGGCAGCCUUAUCUUCAAGUUUACAUAAGUACUUUUUACGCAUCAAUGAAAUUCCACCGAAUUCACUGACAGUUGUACUGCCAGCUAAAAUGGAAAAUUCGAAAGAACGUUUGUCCAACGAUAUCUCGGUUGGCCUACUUCCUUUAUGUAUUUCCGAGAUAAAUGGCAAAGUAUAUUCGAAUUUGGAUGAAGACUCAAGGACGAUCGAACGUCUUCAAGAAAUUAUGAAACUUAAUAAUAAGCUUCGAGAAGAUCUCGAUUAUUUGAUUAAUUUUUGGGUAAUGAAGUUUUUCUCUGCCGUACUACCAGAAAUAUUGUUGAGACUGCUGUUAGAGAGUCAUAGUACGAUGGUUUUUAGCAAUUUAUCUGGAUGUCAGGAAGUACAUAUUGUGGGCUAUCCCGUGAAAAAUAUCAUUUUCUGGAUACCGAACAAAAGUAACACAGGUAUCGGAUUUUCUCUAUUCAGUUAUAACGAACAAUUGCAUUUGUCCGUGGUAGCUGACAAAGCUUUGGUAAAGAAUGAGAAGGUUUUUUCCAAAAUAUUAGGAAAUACUGUCUAUGAAAUCGAACAACUUCAUGAGAGCUUGACAUCCACGCGUUUCUCAAAGAAGUUUCACUCCAUUGGGAAAGCACCCAUGGACAAAGAAAUCGGUGUGCCAUGAAGCUAUAGAGACUAAUAGCGUCGCUCGCAUUUUAUCUAUUCUCUAAACAAAGGCACAUUAUUUUUCAUAACACUAUUUUCAAUGUAAUAUUUACGAAAAACUGAUUUAUUAUUUGUGUAAUGACGUUUUAUUCUUUCGUGUAUAUACAAAUCUUACAUGCUGAAAAGUUUCUUUAUGAUUCAUUAUCUAAAAUUAAUAGAGAGAUAGUGAAAAUAAUAAGACGUUAUUAAAUAUAUAAUAAACAAAUACUAUACAUAAGAAGAAGUCUAUAAAAUAUUUUACGACAUACAUACGUAUUUUCAUCAGUGAAAAUUGUGCAACGUAGGAUCAUGAAAAAAUAUUGAGUACAAAAAUAUAACAACUUUUAUGCUUACGUUGAACUUGGACUUUUUAUUUUUAUGAUUAAUUGUAUAUAUUGUAUGUAUGUAUGUAUUUAUAAUUUGCAAGAUUAUCGAUCCGACUUGAGAAAAAGAAACGGCCAAAAAACAAUAUCGAAAAGAGUGUUAAAAAAAGAAAAUGUACUUCCACGACGAUUUUUAGUUCUUGACGAUGAUUUAGUUGUCAAAGAGACUUUUGUUAACGGUGCCACUGAACUGUGAAAGUCUUUAUGAUUUUUCAUUUUCUUCUCACUGCUUUGAGAACUAUAAUCUGACGAUACAUCGAAAUCGUCGGAGCUUGUGUCGAUAUACUUGCGAUGUUUCAAAGAUCUGAAUUACAUUGAAUCGAAAAAAAAAGAAAGAAGAAAGAAAUAAUAAUCAGACGUAUCGAAAGCGAAUAUUCCAUAAAAAUUAAA